AGUAGAUGGGAGAAUACCAUAUAUAUAUAUAUAUGCACGUGGAGGAAUGAAUUUUGCCUUUUGUAAGAAUCCACCAUUAUAAAUAGCAAGUAUAUGAAACUCUUUCCAACAUCAAAAAGAAAAAUCUUUUGUUUGUUAAGGAAAAAAGAUGGAAGAAAAAAGAAUGGUUGGACCAAGUCGUCCAUUGAUCGUCCUAUUUGGUUCUUCCAUAGUGCAACUAAGCUACUUCCUUAAUGGUUGGGGUGCAACCCUCACAACCUGUUACGCUCGUAAGGCAGACAUAUUCUUACGUGGAUAUAUUGGUUGGAACUCAAGGAUGGCUCUUGAAAUUUACAAGAAAAUUUUUCCAAAGGAACAUUGUCGGGACAAACAUAAGGAAAUUCAACCUUCUCUUGUCAUACUUUAUUUUGGUGGAAACGAUUCACAAGAUCCCGAUUUUCCUAAUAGUAGUCAUGUUCCUCUUCAUGAAUAUGUUGAAAACAUGAGGAAGCUUGCACAUCAUAUCAAGGGCCUUUCAAAGAAGACUCGUCUAAUUAUGCUAAGUGCUCCUGCAGUUAAUGAGGAACAAAUUCUUAAAACCUAUGGGGACAACCGAGGUAGAUCAAAUGAGGUCGGUCGAAAAUACGCAGAAGCAGGUGUUAAAUUAGGCCAAGAAUUAGGUGUUCCAGUUAUCAAUUUCUUUGAAGCCCUUUACGGAAAACCUGGUGUCUUUUGGGAUGGAAUGCAUUUAACGGCAGAAGGAAGUAAGAUUUUGUUUGAUAAAAUCAAAGAUGUAAUAAAAAAGGCUGAUUGGGAGCCAACCCUAGAUUGGGACAAAAUGCCAACUGAGUAUGCUGAUAUUGGUACUGAUAUGCACCUUGAGAUGAUGAUCAAGGAAACUGAAGAUGAAACUAUUGAGAUUACUGAUAGUGAAUCCCAAGAACUUAAACCCCAAUAGAUUAUCUUAGAUGCAUAAUAAAAUAAGAAUAUAUAAGAAUAAGAAGACCAAGUACUAUUACUAGUCAUCAAUCCCCAAUUUCCUCUUUGGUGUGUCCAAAUAAAAAUAUGCAAGAAUAAUAAGACUAUGCACUAGUAGUCAAUUUCUGAUUUUCCUGUUUGGUGUGUCCUAAUAAACUCUUUUGCAAAAGAGUACUAUAAAUAUUCCUAGGAAGGUUUUGCCUUUUUCUAGGAAUUAGGGUUUGCUAUGUUGUAGAAGGUUUUUGAGUGUGUUAUGUAAUAAUGUAUUAUGCAUGGAGAAAGUUAUAAAUGUUUGAAUGGAAUAAUGAUUAUGAUA